AUGCUGCAUACGUAUUACAAAAUUAUAAUUUUAAUUUAUAUAUCGAACUAUAAUUUAAUACAAGCUUGUCCUAUUUAUCUAACGAUCGGUUUGGAUGGCAGCAAUUAUCAAGAAUCAACUUUACAUUUAAAUUGGGCCUCUGAUUGUUAUAUACGCCCUGAAUGGUAUGGCAUCUAUAAUGAGGAACCCUCGACCAGCCUACUGCAGCCUUUCAUACGUCUCUACAAUAUCAGCAAUGCAACAUUUCAAUUGUCAAUUAAGCAAAAAAUUGGAAAACUAAAAUUUCCCAAAGGUUGGAAUCGCAACGAUGCCGAUGUACAGCCAGUUCACUAUUCAAAGAGUAAAUGUUUGGACUACUAUGUGGCCAGUUUUCAAUACAAUGAACUUUUGUCGGUGGAGUGUCUUAAAAUCUAUCCUACUUGGAUGACCAAACAAAGUGAUAUUGUUAAAAUGCAACUAAAGGAACUUUUUAUACCAGGAACUCAUGCUUCCGGUGCGUAUCUUACUAAUUAUGGUGCCACAAAAUCGCUUUUUAUAAGGGAACACGCUAUUUCUCAAUAUUUUGAUGUCUGGUCUCAAUUGGUAUUUGGCAUACGUUAUUUGGAUUUGAGUAUUGGCUAUAAACCCGUCGAUUUAUAUGACACACAAAAUCCCGAAAACUUUUGGAUUGUCAACGAAAAUAUGUUCAUCAAUCAGUUGCGUUUCGUUCUCAAGGAUGUUCGUAGAUUUGUUACCAUUUCCGGAGAAGUUGUUAUACUGGAUUUCAGCUCAUUUCCUAUAGGUUUCUACAAACAUCCCGAAAGACAUACUGGACUAUUGCAUUUGAUUUCCAAUGAAUUGGGUCAUUUGGCAUUUCAGCGCAGUGAUAGAAACGUGCCAUGUUACGAUUUAACAAUUGAGCAAAUAAUUGCAACCAAUGGAACGAUUUUGAUAUUGUAUCCAUUGGAAGAAUUGCCACAUCCAGAAAAUGAAUCUCCGAUUUUAUGCUCACCCUGGAAACGUUUCUCAACUGGUUUCAUGAAUACCUCUCAGGCUCUGGACUAUAUGCGUCUUCUAUUUAGCAAAAAGAAAACCUCACCGGUACAAGAUGAAGGUUGGAUAUUUAAUGCCAUUAAAAGUAUGGAACAAUCAUUGAACACCAAUAAGUUACAAACGGCCAAAGAAAGAGCCUCACAUAUCAAUACAAAAGUAUCGAAUUGGCUUAGAGGUCCCUGGGGCACAACGGCAAAUAUUGUGGCUCUGGACUAUUUUAGCAGCACCAAUAUAAUAGAUGUGGCCAUUUAUGUGAAUAUACAAAAGGCAUUUUUAAAAUUAAAUAAGGAGUUUGUUAAAUUUGAAAUAACGGAAAAAUAAAAUUAAAAUUGAUAUGAUGGAAAUCGAUUUUGAAAACGAAAACGAAA